AAGCACUCAAAGUCCCGCGAUACUGGCUGGCGCACACCUACGCUGAAUGGAAUAAACCCAUCAACUGUAAUCCUCACUGUACACAGCGGAAUCCUCUGCGGGUAUUUUCUGCCUCAGAUAAAGCAAAGAAAUGGACAACACUGGGAAAGAGAAGGAGGCUAUUCAGCUAAUGGCCGAAGCUGACAAAAAAUGCAAAUCCUCUGGCUCGUUUUUGGGAGGGAUGUUUGGAGGAGGACCUCAGAAAGUGGAAGAAGCAUGUGAGAUGUACUGCAGAGCCGCCAACAUGUUCAAGAUGGCCAAGAACUGGAGCGCUGCUGGAAAUGCGUUUUGCAAGGCAGCACGUCUCCAUAUGCAACUGCAGAACAAACAUGACUGUGCCACCAGUUUCAUUGAUGCAGGAAAUGCUUACAAGAAGUCUGACCCCAAUGAGGCAAUCAAGUGUUUAAAUGCUGCCAUCGAUAUAUACACAGACAUGGGAAGAUUCACCAUCGCAGCCAAACACCACAUCAAUGUCGCAGAGAUCUACGAGUCUGAACUGGUGGAUAUCGAAAAGGCUGUUGCACAUUAUGAACAAGCAGCAGACUACUACAAAGGGGAAGAAUCCAACAGCUCAGCCAACAAGUGUCUGCUGAAGGUGGGAGCUUACUGUGCUCAGUUGGAGCAGUACCAGAAGGCUAUUGAGAUCUACGAGCAGGUUGGAGCCAACACGAUGGACAACCCAUUGCUGAAAUACAGCGCCAAAGAGUACUUCUUCAAAGCUUCCCUCUGUCAUUUCAUUGUCGACGAGCUCAACGCUAAGAUUGCUGUUGAAAAAUAUGAGGAGAUGUUCCCGGCUUUCUCAGACUCUCGAGAAUGCAAACUGUUGAAGAAGCUUCUUGAGGCUCACGAGGAACAGAACAGCGAAGCUUUCACAGAUGCAGUAAAGGACUUUGACUCCAUCUCCCGUCUGGACCAGUGGCACACAACCCUCCUGCUGCGCAUCAAAAAGACCAUCCAGGGCGACGAAGGGGAUUUGAAAUGAAAGAAGCCCAGGGGUAAAAAUGCAGCACGGAGGGACAAAUCCAUCACGCAUGCUUUCACACACAGACAGACAGACACACACACACACACACACACACACUUUUCACUCACUUCCCUGUGUAUAGCAUCUGGAGAUGAGUGUCUGCUGAUGACUUUGAAUAUUCCACUGCUCACUGCUAUACCGUCCGAGUACUAUCUUUGCUUUCCUUCCGAGCGUAUCUGAAUCUAGUCGCCCUCACCUCUGUCUAGAGGAUUGCUGCAUACCUUUUCUGCUGAAAUCUGUCCUGGGGGAUUUCAGAGCGGUAUAUUGUAUUGAAACUGAUGUUAGUAUUGACAACAAGCACUGCAUGACAUGUUUUGUACAAUUAUUGUUUCCUAGUCAGAUGCAGAUAAUUAUUAUUUUUUUUUUAAAUCUAGUUUAUUAAAUUAUUUAAACAGAUUAUUUAAAUGUUUCCGUUUGUUCUACAUAGGAUUAUCAUGGUGUGUAUGGAUUUCAAGAAUGUAUCAUAUUACUUUUUUUAUUUGUUGGAGUAGAAGGGAAAGGGUCCAAUCAAUGCCAUGAUUGUUCUUAAAACGAAAGUCAUUGCAGCCACACAAAAGGUGAUUUUGUUUCCAUUUUGUCACCAAUGGGGGAGAGACUCUUCUUGUAGAAGGGCAACGAUAUGCACCAAGUGUAGACUGUUAAACAUUUGUGUGUUGUUUCCACACAUUCAUACUUGCAUUACUUCAGGAUCAUUUAGGGCUGGGCGAUAUGGAGAAAAUCAAAUAUGAUAGUUUUGUCCCAAUAUCUCGAUAUCGAUAUUGCGGCGAUAUUGUAGGGUUGACAUUUGGUGCUUUAACAAAAAUAUUCACACAAAGAGAUUUGUGAUAAAUAAUCAUCAAUAUAGUGUAUUUAAUGACGAAGAUGCUAAAGACAAAUAAUAGAACAUUCAGGUAAGGACAUCGCUUUCCUGUAAUGCAGCCUUUUAAAAAGAGAAAAAAAACACCUUAUGCCAUAUUAUGUUAGGAUAUCCAAAAUCUGAGACGAUAUCUAGUCUCUUAUCACGAUAUCGAUAUAAUAUCGAUAUAUUGCCCAGCCCUAGGAUCAUUUAUUAUUACUUUAGGAUUUGUUGAUGUAAUAAUACUUUGAAUGUUUGAAUCUGUAAGCUGUGAUUUAUAGUUUGCCUGUGGAAAAAAAAAAAAAUCUUUUUGAAUGAAAAGCACUGACGUGGAAACGGUUACUCCUUGUUUCCAGGGCAGUAUUCUUGGGGUAAUGUGCUACAUUAGUUACUCAUCUUGUGCUGUGGUUGUGAUGUGAACUUAACAUUGACGGUUUACUACUGCAGUGCGCCUUCCAAAUGGCCAGUCGCUAAGCAUGUCCUUGUGUAUAGAUUAGUGUUGUGUUGCAUUCACUAGUGUGAGCCAGACCAAAGUUUUUACAAAAGGGUCAGUCGCCCCUGCGUAUCCAGCUUCUUCCAGAUGGAAUGACGAUGGACCUUGGAUAUGAUCUGUAUGCUCGUGCGAAUGGACAAUAAUAAAGAUAUUAUAAUCCCA